AUGGAUGAUCAUGAUCCAAUGCAUGGGUUUGGGAAGAGGCCUCUCGACAUGUCUCCCAUCGUCACCGCCCUCUCCCAAGUCCUCUCCUCCACUUCCUCGGAAUCUCUCUCAUCCACACGCCCUCAACCACAAGCAAAAAAUAAUGAAAUGAGGAGACACUACAGAGGAGUCCGCCAGCGGCCGUGGGGAAGAUGGGCGGCCGAGAUUCGCGACCCUAUCAAGGCCGCGAGAGUGUGGCUUGGCACCUUCGACUCUGCGGAAGCUGCGGCCCUUGCCUACGACGAGGCCGCGCUUAGGUUUAAAGGAAACAAGGCAAAGCUAAACUUUCCCGAGAGGGUUCAGGGAAGAACUCAAUCCGGAUACCUAACAAAUGGAUGCAUCAUUCCUAAAUUUUCUACUCAAUCUCAAACUACUAAUCGUCAAGAAAACUGCAUCAACAUUGGUCACUCUAACCAUGGAAAUUCAUCUAAUUCGCAAGGGUUUUAUAGUGGAGAGCCUCUUGUUUCCGAGGGCUCGUCUCGUGCGGCUGUAGCUUCCGAUGAAGAUGAGCAGAAACUGCAAAUUGAUACCCAAUUUGGAACUUCCUCUUGGGGAGAAUAUGCAGGAAGCAAGAGGAUGAAAAGAUGAAGUCCAUCAAUGAGGAAUGGGCUGAACCGGUGAGAAUUUCGACACACAUACGCUCGUUCAUUAAACGUAACAAUAACUAUUUCUAUAUUUAUUAUGAUGUGUAUGUAGGAUUCUGAAUAUUAGAUGAAUAAUAUUUGGAUGUUUUUGUUGGGAUUUCAAUUCUUUGUGAUCAAUAUGUUGUUAUACACUG